GGCGCCUGAGACAGCAGACGCCGGCCAUGCAGGAGCCGCUGCUGGGCGCCGAGGGCCCAGACUAUGACACCUUCCCCGAGAAGGCGACCCCGUCGCCGGAGGAGAGGACGCCUAUCGGGGCCCCGCAGAACAAAAGGGUGUUCCUGGCGACGUUUGCCGCCGUGCUGGGCAAUUUCAGCUUCGGCUACGCCCUGGUCUACACGUCCCCGGUCAUCCCAGCCCUGGAGCGCUCCUUGGAUCCAAACCUGAGACUGACCAAAACCCAGGCGUCCUGGUUCGGGUCCGUGUUCACCUUGGGCGCGGCGGCGGGAGGGCUCAGUGCCAUGGUCCUCAAUGACCUCCUGGGCCGGAAGCGCAGCAUCAUGUUCUCCGCCGUACCCUCGGCAGCCGGCUACGCGCUCAUGGCGGGCGCCCGUGGCCUGUGGAUGCUGCUGCUAGGAAGGAUGCUGACGGGCUUCGCUGGAGGGCUGACAGCUGCCUGCAUCCCGGUGUACGUGUCUGAGAUCGCGCCCCCAGGCGUCCGUGGGGCCCUGGGGGCCACACCGCAGCUCAUGGCAGUGUUUGGGUCGCUCUCUCUCUAUGCCCUUGGCCUCCUGCUGCCCUGGCGCUGGCUGGCUGUGGCCGGGGAGGGGCCGGCGGUCGCCAUGAUCCUGCUGCUCAGCUUCAUGCCCAGCUCGCCACGCUUCCUACUCUCGAAAGGCAGGGACGCGGAGGCGCAGUGGGCACUGGCCUGGCUGCGCGGGGCCAACGCCGACAUCCGCUGGGAGUUCCAGCAGAUCCAAGACAACGUCCAGAGACAGAGCAGACGCAUGUCAUGGGCCGAGGCCCGAGACCCCUCCAUGUACCGACCCAUCGCCAUCGCCCUGCUGAUGCGCUUCCUACAGCAGCUGACGGGCAUCACGCCCAUCCUUGUGUACCUGCAGCCCAUCUUCAACAGCGCAGCCGUCCUGCUGCCUCCUGAGGAUGACGCAGCCAUCGUGGGGGCUGUGAGGCUCCUGUCGGUGCUGAUCGCGGCCUUCACCAUGGACUUGGCCGGACGCAAGGUUCUGCUCUUCGUCUCAGCGGCCACCAUGUUUGCUGCCAACCUGACACUGGGGCUGUAUGUCUCCUUUGGUCCAAAGCCUCUGACCCCCAACAGCACCGUGGGCCUUGAGAACGUGCCCUUCGGGGGCACAGAGCAGCCCCUGGUCAUACCCACCAGCUACAUCACCCUGGUGCCCCUGCUGGCCACCAUGUUCUUCAUCAUGGGCUACGCCAUGGGCUGGGGACCCAUCACUUGGCUCCUCAUGUCCGAGAUCCUGCCCCUGCAGGCCCGCGGCACCGCCUCGGGGCUCUGCGUGCUGGUCAGCUGGCUCACCGCCUUCGCCCUCACCAAGUCCUUCCUGCUGGUGGUGACCGCCUUCGGCCUCCAGGUCCCCUUCUUCUUCUUCGCUGCCGUCUGCCUGGUGAACCUGCUGUUCACCGGCUGCUGCGUGCCCGAGACCAAAGGCCGGUCGCUGGAGCAGAUCGAGGCCUUCUUCCGCACCAGGAGGCGGUCCUUCCUGCGCUAGGUCAGGGCCCCUGCCCGGAAUGGCCAAGCCACCGGGCGGCCAGGCCUCCGUGCCAUCCAGGACGCAGAAGCACCUGCCGCCAGCCAGGGCACAGCAGGACUGGCCAGGCGCAGGCCAGCGCCGAGCGCGCUCUGGACCGGACGGGCAGCCUCAGGCUGGAGGGGCGCACGCAGCCCUGGGUCUGGGGACGAAGCCCUGCUGGGUGACCUGGGGCGUCGCUCCUUACACCAGCACAGAGGAUGCCCUCACGCAGGGCUGCGGCAAGGACAGGGCUGGAGGCGGCAGAGCGGCCCCCCCGGGAACAGCAUCACGUCACCAGUUCUGACCGCUGAGCCUCCACGGGCUUCCUGGCUCCGGGGAGGAAGGUGGAAAUCUACGCCCGUGAGGGUUUGCGGACGCCACAGGGAAUGUUCUGGACGCCCACGGGCCAGGGCUCAGGACUCAGCACAAGUACUAAUCCUGCAGCAGCCCGACCUCUGGGAACAAGGGGCCCUCAAGUGUCCGUCCGCACACCGUGUCCACCCUACUUACGAAAAUAAAAGAACUGGGCUGUGGCCCUGGAGAGCCAGGUGUUCAGGGUGGCCCCCAGCACCCGGGCUAGACCCACACCUCCAGCCUACGGCCCCGGCAACACCCCUUUAUUGCCACCCCGACCAUCCAAUGGGGAGAAUGCGCACAGCCUAUGGGGGAGCCGGCUGCGGAGCUGGCCCUGCGUGGCCGGUCCUGGGCAAAUGGCAGCUGUUCCCAGGCGCUCGGCUGAGGUGGGGUCGGGCAUCCCUCCCACCCACUUAUGACACCAGCAGGCGGGUCCCAAGCAGAGCGCACCAACGAGCAGACCAACGCCACAUUGCAUCGCUCCACAUCCAAGCUAAACACCGGGAGUAAACGAGGACCAGACCACAGUCCAGACCAGAGUCCAGACGCAUGGAGGCGGGAGUGGGCCCUGGUGGCCCAGCCCCCCCGAACCUGGAGAGGCGGUCCAUGCAAGGCGGGCCUCCCACGGGAAACAGGGGCCCAGCCCCAGGACUGUUCCUGCUACUUACGGGGAACCGCGGGCAAGCGACCUGCCCACUCCGGCCUGUGACGGAUGGGAUGGAGGGCCUUCUGCCGCUGCCUCUGGCCCCCCAGCACCACCCAGUCCCCUC